AGAAGCACAGGCAUGCCGCGACUCUAAUGAGACAACGCACACAAGUGGGACUUGAGGAGCUCGAGCGAAGCGGACAACCUGUGUGUGCAGAUUCCGAGGACAACGAAUACGCACGAGAGGAGUUCAUCUGUCACUUGUAUUUGCAACAGUUCGUUGUGCAAGUGAACUUGUUGUUCUCAGAGAUCCCUGAGUGGAAAUACACCGCCAGACACCAUGCAGGAGUCUGAGCCCACAGUGUGCCAGCUGCAGCCCAACAUCAUCUCGGUGCGUCUUUUCAAGAGAAAGGUGGGUGGGCUGGGCUUCCUUGUCAAGCAGCGCGUCUGCAAGCCGCCCGUCAUAGUGUCCGACCUGAUCCGGGGCGGGUCUGCCGAAGAGUGUGGCCUGGUCCAGGUGGGGGACAUAGUACUGGCAGUCAACAACAAGCCCCUGGUGGACCUUAGCUAUGAGCGGGCCCUGGAGACCCUGAAGAAUGUGUCCCCUGAGAGCCACGCUGUCCUCAUCCUCCGGGGCCCAGAGGGCUUCACCACCCACCUGGAGACCACCCUGACUGGGGAUGGACAUCAGAGGACCGUCAGGGUCACCAGGCCAGUCUUCCCCGCUUCCAAGUCCUACGAGCGCUGCUGUCCGUUAAGCCCCCUUAGCCCGGGGCAGGGAGGCAAGGACCCACAGCAGCUGAGGGCCAUCGAGAACCUGUCCUCCCCCUCGGUGACCCCGUUCCACAGAGAGGCCAUGCUCCAGAGGGGAGGGGUGCAGGCACUGAUCGCAGCCCAAGAUCCCAUGCUCAGAGACAGGGGCUGCGGGGCGCUGCUUCUGAACGGUGUGGAGGAGAACAACGACAUGCUGAAGGAGAUCGAGCCGGUGCUGCAGCUGAUCAAGAACAGUAAGAGGGAGAUCAACGGAGAGGAACAGAGGACCAUAGAGCGCAGGGAUGCUGAGGUGCAGGUGGACCGGGACCUUGGUAUGGGAAAUGGUAUGUCACCCCAGCUGGCGUCUGAUAAGAACAGUGUGUGUGAAGACCUGUGGAGGAAGGACAACAACAUGCAGACGGUGCUCACCAACCCUUACUCUGAGAAGGACGAGCCUCCAACACAGGGGAGGAUCUCCCCUAACAAGGCUCUUAUGAAUGGCAGCCCCUCCAAAUGCCCACGCUUCAUGAAGAUCAAGAAUGUGGAGACUGGAGUCACUUACAAUGACACUCUACACCACAGCUCUAGUAAGUUGCCGCUCUGCACUGAGUGUGUGUGUUUCGGGUCCAUCAUGACACCUAGCCAGGGGAGCCGCAAGCCGGACGAAUCUCGAACCAAAGAGGAGCUGCUGCCGCUGGCUACUGACUUCAUAGACCAGUACUACACCAGCAUCAAAAGGUUUGGCUCGAAGGCCCACGUAGACCGGCUGGAGGAGGUGACUAAGGAGAUUGAGGCCUCAGGGACGUACCAGCUGAAGGACACUGAGCUGAUCUAUGGAGCCAAGCACGCCUGGAGGAACGCUGCCCGCUGUGUAGGACGCAUUCAGUGGUCCAAACUACAAGUAUUUGAUGCCAGAGACUGCACAACGGCUCAUGGAAUGUACAAUUACAUCUGCAACCACAUCAAGUAUGCCACUAACAAAGGCAAUCUGAGAUCUGCCAUUACCAUAUUUCCUCAGAGGACAGAUGGCAAGCGCGACUUUCGGGUAUGGAACACACAGCUGAUUCGCUAUGCCGGUUACAAGCAGCCCGAUGGUCAGAUUCUGGGAGACCCAGCCAGCGUGGAAUUCACUGAGAUCUGCAUCCAGCAGGGCUGGAAGGCUCCCAAGGGUCGAUUCGACGUGCUGCCCCUCCUGCUGCAAUCCAAUGGGAACGACCCAGAGCUGUUUGAGAUCCCUCAAGACCUUAUUCUGGAGGUGCAGAUCACCCAUCCCAAGUAUGAUUGGUUCAAGGACUUGAAUCUGAAGUGGUACAGCCUACCUGCUGUAUCUAGCAUGCUGCUAGAGGUGGGGGGGCUGGAAUUCACCGCCUGUCCGUUCAGUGGCUGGUACAUGGGUACAGAGAUCGGAGUCAGGGACUUCUGUGACAGCUCUCGUUACAACAUCUUGGAGGAAGUGGCCAGUCUGAUGGCUCUGGAUACCAGAAAGACCUCUUCUCUGUGGAAGGACCAGGCACUGGUGGAGAUCAACAUAGCAGUCCUCUACAGUUUUCAGUCUUCUAAGGUAACCAUAGUGGACCACCACUCUGCCACAGAGUCCUUCAUGAAGCACAUGGAGAAUGAGAUCAGGGUGCGGGGGGGCUGCCCGGGGGACUGGGUCUGGAUUGUACCCCCAAUGUCUGGAAGCAUCACCCCAGUUUUUCACCAGGAGAUGCUCAACUAUCGCCUCACGCCAUCCUUUGAGUAUCAGGCUGACCCAUGGAAUAACCAUGUGUGGAAAGUAAACAAUGGGACACCCACCAAGAAAAGAGCCAUUGGCUUCAAGAAACUGGCCAAGGCUGUGAAGUUUUCAGCCAAGCUAAUGGGCCAGGCCAUGGCUAAGAGAGUCAAAGCUACGAUACUAUUCGCCACCGAGACCGGAAAGUCUCAAGACUAUGCAAAAACCUUAUGUGAGAUUUUCAAGCAUGCCUUUGAUGCAAAGGUAAUGUCAAUGGAUGAGUACGACAUGGUGGACCUGGAGCAUGAAACACUUGUGUUGGCGGUGACCAGCACCUUUGGUAAUGGAGAUCCACCUGAAAAUGGAGAGAAAUUCGGAGCUGCCUUGAUGGAGAUGAGACAUCCAACAUCUAACACAGAGGACCGAAAGAGUUACAAGGUGCGUUUCAACAGCGUGUCCUCCUACUCAGACACCCGCAAAUCCUCCAGUGAUGAACCUGAGCCCAGGGUCAACUUUGAAAGCACCGGACCCCUCGCCAACGUCAGGUUCUCAGUGUUUGGCCUUGGCUCAAGAGCCUACCCACACUUCUGUGCUUUUGCCCACGCUGUGGACACGCUGCUCGAGGAGCUGGGGGGGGAGCGCAUCCUACGCAUGGGGGAGGGAGAUGAGCUGUGUGGCCAGGAAGAGUCCUUCAGAAACUGGGCCAAGAAGGUUUUCAAGGCUGCCUGUGAUGUGUUCUGCAUUGGAGACGUGAACAUUGAGAAGGCACAUGAUUUGUUGAUCAGUAAUGAUCGAAGCUGGAAGAAGAGCAAAUUCCGCCUCACCUACACAGCUGAGGCCCCUGCACUAACACAAGCACUCUACAGCAUCCACAAGAAGAAGGUCUAUGGAGCCAAGAUCUUACAGAGCGAAAACCUACAAAGUUCCACAUCCAACAGUCGCUCCACCAUAUUUGUUCGACUUCACACAAAUAACGAGGACAGCCUGAAGUACCAGCCCGGCGACCAUCUGGGCAUCUUCCCUGGCAACCAUGAGGACCUGGUUACGGCCCUUAUAGAGAAGCUAGAGGAUGCCCCACCUGUCAAUCAGAUCGUCAAGGUGGAGUUCCUAGAGGAGAGGAACACAGCCCUGGGUGUGAUCAGUAACUGGCUAGAGGAGCCCCGGAUUCCCCCCUGCACCAUCUACCAGGCCUUCCAGUACUUCCUGGACAUCACCACACCCCCCAGCCCUGUUCUGCUGCAGCAGUUUGCCUCCCUCGCCACCAAUGACAAGCAGAGGAAGAAGUUGGAGACUCUCAGUAAGGGCUUGCAGGAGUAUGAGGAAUGGAAGUGGUACAACAACCCGACUAUGGUGGAGGUUUUGGAGGAGUUCCCCUCUAUUCAGAUGCCAUCCACCCUGCUGCUGACCCAACUGCCUUUGCUCCAGCCCAGAUACUACUCCAUUAGCUCCUCACCGGACGUCCACCCUGGGGAGAUACACCUCACCGUGGCCGUGGUGUCAUACAAAACCAGGGAUGGAGAGGGCCCUAUCCACCAUGGAGUAUGUUCAUCAUGGCUCAACAGAAUAGAGGCAGAAGAAAUGGUCCCCUGCUUUGUUAGAGGUGCUCCUACAUUCCGAUUGCCAAAGGACCACAGAGCUCCGUGUAUCCUAGUUGGUCCAGGCACUGGGAUCGCCCCCUUCAGAAGCUUCUGGGAACAGAAACUUUUCGACUAUGAACGCAAUGGGAUCAAAUCCUGCCCUAUGAUCCUGGUAUUUGGGUGCCGGCAGUCCCAGAUAGACCACAUCUACAAGGAGGAGACUAAUCAGGCUAAGAACAAGGAGGUGUUCAAAGAGCUCUACACAGCCUACUCCAGAGAGCCUGGUAGACCAAAGAAAUAUGUGCAGGAUGUGCUUCGUGAGAAGCUGUCAGAGACUGUGUACCAGUGUCUGAGGGAGGAGGGAGGACACAUCUAUGUGUGUGGGGACGUGGGUAUGGCCGGGGAUGUCCUCAAGACCGUCCAGCAGAUCAUCAAAUUGCAGGGAAACAUGACACUGGAGGACGCUGGGUUCUACAUCAGCAAACUCCGAGACGAGAACCGUUAUCACGAGGACAUCUUCGGUGUCACGCUGCGUACCUAUGAGGUCACCAACCGGCUGCGUUCAGAAUCCAUCGCCUACAUCGAGGAAAGCAAAAAGGACUCUGACGAGGUGUUCUGCUCGUAGAACCAUAAGUGGGGCUUCCGGAUCUUUCUGAUGUGGACCAAUUGGAAGGGGCCGUAUGCAGCAGUGGAGCAGGGAAAUGAGUGUCACUACAGCUGGUCGAUAAUACUGUGCCAAGUUUUGUACUGUAAAGAAUAUCUUUGGGUUUGUUUUUGUUCUCUUUUAUACCAGUUCUGCUUCGUCAUGGUCAGUCAGGCUCUGCACUUAGUCUGUAGUAACGUUUGAAAUAUUUUAUUUUACAAGAACAUUGAUGUUUUGUUAAAUUGAUUACUUUCUGAUUUCAUUAUGCAUCAUAAUGUGCACCCAGUAUUAUACCUGCCACUUUGUUGAUGCAUGAGCAAGAUGAGAAUAUUAGUUAAUAAAUAUAUCAUACUGUUUGUUAGCUAUUUAAUGUUAGUCAAAACCUUUUGCUAAACUUUUAUAUUUGCAGGACUACUUGUGGUACCUGGAAACAAGGUCACAAUGCUUUGAUUGGCGAAUCAGUUUAAGUUCCAUUCCCAACCAACUGACUCUGGUGCAUUUCAGUGUAUACAAGGCCAAACCCAUGUCAGUCAGAGCUGGUCUAGCCUGCUUUGGUGUGUAUUGUUCAUAACUGGGAUUCCAGUUUUUAUUUUUUAUUUUUUAAAUUAUUUUUUUUAAAGGUUUUGUAAGAGUGUUGGAGUGAGAGAAAGGGAUGGAGAGAAUGAAAGAGGGAGAGAACUAGAUACAGACAGGCUAUGCUCGGAGAGCGGUGAAUAACUAUGAACUGGAUUUGGUUAACCUAUAACCUCAACCUUCCGGCCACACGGUCAUCCAAAACUACAAUAGUGUUCAGACUCUCCUUGAAAGUCCAUUAAAAUGCAUCUGCUCCUCUUGUCAGCUUUCUCUGUUUCCUGCCUGUCUGUCUCUCCGUCUGCCUGUCAAAAUAUAAGUUGUGUCGCCAUUUUGUGGUCUGGUUUCACAACAGUAACUGCAUAUAGAUGUGGAUGAAAGCCAUUGAAAUGUUUGAAAUGUCCUGUCAUGCCAUGGGAAAGCCUAUGCAUGUGUAUCUCUUGUAUACAUUCUCAUAACCAAUAUUUAAGUAUAUUACACACAAAAACAACUACGUAUAAUCUAGAGGGCUCUGCAUCUUAUAAAUGGUAUACAAUAUUAUCAAAGGAAAAGUCCAUGGUACAUAUCUGACUGCCUUCCUAUCCUAUUUAUUCGCUAAGACCAAAUGCUGAGGUAUUGGGGUGCUGUAUAAUGGCUUGAAAGUAAUUUGCAUAGUAUUUACAAUGGGGAAAGAGGAAGGAACGGAUUCAUGAUUUCAAAUUAAUCAAGAGGUUGGGUGUUGGGUUGCUAUACUUUGCUGGUUCUCCUUGACCAACCAAUACCAUAUCCUUGCGAUCUCCAUUUUUACCAUCAUUAUAACCUUCCAUGUAACCAGAGUUUCAUACAUGGCUAUCUGUAUGUAACUAUCCAUGUGAAGGAACCCUGCAGUGUCUUGUCAGAUCUGGAUUUAGGGUAGAGUGGCGUAAAUCUCACGAGGCAGAAAUCUCUAAUAGAAGAAAUCUCAAACAGCAGAAAUCUCAUGUUAACAUCAGUGCACGAGUAGAUGAGUGUUGCUUUAUGGUUUUAUCGUUCCUUCAUGUCUGUCCGUCUCUCGGUCUUUCACUCAGUAACUCUAUCCCUCUUUCUCUCUGCCACCACCUCCAACUGCCUGCCCACAUGACUUGUGAUGCUGCCACAGCUCCCCCUCUCCUCCCUGAGACCUGACACCUGUCUGAAGGUCUAUCAAGUGCUGUCUGUGUGCGUGCAUGCGUCCAUGAAUGCUGUGUGAUAACCACGACAAAAUACUAAAGUACUUUUUGCAAAAAACAAAAUGUAUUUGUCUGCAUGCAUUCUCCAUUCGCUGGAACCAUCCACUUAAUACCCUCGCAUGCUCUUUGUCUUUGUUGAGAAUUAAAUGAACCUUCCUUCUGCCUCCCCCCUGCACACACACCAACCUUGAAUGCUACAGCAUGUGUGCCCUCUGCAAACCCAAACAAUUCUGAUUUGCAUUCUCAAGGUCAAGAAAUAGAUCAUACAGGUCAUUGCGUUUGAGUGUUGUCAUUACAAUUCAACUAUGUUGAGUUUACUUAAUUAUUAAAUAAGGUUAAGGAUGAUAUCUUAAUUCAAAUGAUAUGUUUAUUGCUGACGGGUUUGCGGCGCAAGCUCGUGUCAAAGCACUGUUUUUACUUUGUUUCCCACUUUUCACUGAGCAUCAUUUGAAGGCCAUGCCUUUGCAGGGCUGCUGUUUCUAUUCUAAACAUGUCAUUGACGUUUUGUGGUAACAUUGAUUAUCAGUGGUAACCAACUCCGCAGUAACCUGUGGAUGUUUUUUUCUUCCUUAAGUAAUUCCUUUUGUUUCCAAACUAAAAUGGCCACCAGCAUGAUUGAAACGUAAUGGCUUUCUGUGUUCUAUCUCUCUGCUACUUACUGGCACAUAUAGAGUACGUUUUUAAUGGGGGAACUUUUUUGUUUUUGUUUUGUGGAUAAAUAGGCAAACCUGUUUAAUUGUUCCUCUUGCUGAAUGUUUUCUUCUUCCACAUUCAUUUGUUUAAGCAGGUUUUGGGGGAUUUGAAAUGAGGGCUGCCAAAACUCUGUAAAAUGUCCAACAACAACAAACAAACACAAACAAUCAAACACAAACAAACAAAACAAAAAUAUAUAAAUAUAGCAUAUAUACUAAGACAAAAACAAAACAAAACUAUUUGAACUAACUUUUUCUAAGAAUGUAUUUUGAUGAUUUAAUUAUUAUUAUUGUUAUGUCUCUUCUGCUUGGUAAAAAAGAACCCAUAAUAAAACAAACAAGGACUACAGUGGUCUCCCUGAUAUCCUUUAGGCACGGGAAAAACCACAGCACCAGCUGAAUGCAUGAUGUACUGUACCUCUGUCCUCUUUUAAAGAAAAAAAGCUCUGUCUACCUACCAACACUGUGUCACUCAUUACGACUGUGACUCCAUCCAUCCAUACAGUGUGAUGGGACAGACGGUUGAUGUGCUCAAGGGGGUUUCUGUGUUUGUAUCGCUGCUGCUAAACUCCAACAACCCAAACAGCCUCUGCUAUAUGCUCCUUGGUGUGGAAUUGAUCAACCUUGGCGGUUUCCAUUUUAAUGCAUACUGCAAGGAACUUUGCAUUUACUUAAUAAAAAAAAGCAUUAACAGUA